AUGAUCAUAUCUUCUAUCGUGUUGAUCCAACUGUUGGCCUAUGGUGCACCACUGGUUCAAGCAGGUUCCUAUAUGAAGACCUACCAGAAGUACAAAGGCCAUAAUAAAGACUACUCGAUUUUCUGCACCAUGACCGUUAAGGAAUUGACUAAGGAGCGUUUGGUGGCCGAUAUUGAAUUGGAAAAUACGUUUCAUGAUAACAUAUGUUAUGGUUGCGAAUUCGAUUACAUGAAAUCUAUAUCCGGAACCACUAAUCGCAGUACUGCUCUGCGGGAAUCCUAUAAGCUCCAGACCAGUUCGUUGGGUGUUGUUGAUGGCGACUGCCUCCAGGACCUCGCUGAUUCGAUGCAUAUGGGUAGUCACUGUCGCUUCAAUGCCUACCCGAAAAACGGUCAUAUGAUCUUCGAGGCUUGCCGUCAACUAUUUGACCUGUCUCCGAAAAGCUAA